AUGAUUCCUGAACAUAUAAUCUAAAAACUCAAACCUAAACAAGGACAUUAUUCAAUUGAUGUUAAGGAAUCUUUUAUUGAUAAAUAACGUCGUUUAAGUGAAAUUGAACGACAAACUGUUCUUCAAAAAAAACAAAAAGAAAUGCAACUGUUUAGAUAAACUUUUUCUACAUCAAGUUCCAAAUUAUCAAAAUCUGGAAAAAGAAUUAUGAUCAAAACUAGAGGAUCUAAUUAAGCUAUACCAAUUGAAUAAUAUUAAUAAUAAUCUAUUCCUCCUCCUCCUCUUACUACUCCUACAUCUAAUAUUGCUCGUAAACAUUAUUAAUCAUAAUCUUUAUCAUUACCUCGUUUAGAUUCAGAAACUAACUAUAUUCCAAACUUAAAAAAAGAACCAGAAAAUCUUUAUAAUACAUAAUAAUAAGAUAACCUAAAUCAAAAUAUUUUAACAGAAUAAAUCGAAUAAAUAGAACAAGAUUAAAUCCCACCUUCUCAAGAUAAUAAUAAUAAUGAUCAUAUUCAAUGUAUGGUUGAAUAACACUUAUCUGAUUAUUAAGCAUUUGUUCUACAUUUAGCUGGUAUAUAAUUACAUGAUUAAAGAUAGGGAAAUGCAUUUGUGUUUAAUGUCCAUGUGGUAAAUGUAAAUGCAAAUUUGAAUAUUAACCAUUCAAACCCAACAUUUCUUGGAAAUCACAUUACAAUUAAGAGUUCAAAUAAGCUUCUCUUAAAGAUUAAGAACUUAAAAUCAAUCUUAAUUCUAUUGGUAGAUAUUAAAACUUAGACUUAAAUGAAUUUAAAACAACUAUGGCUACUGAUUAUAAAUAAUGUGAUGCAUUUCCAAAUAACGUAAUUGAAAAACCAAAAUAUUAAGCUACUCUUGGAUCUACACCAAUGACAUCUUAUAAUGUAUAAAUAAUUAUAUUUAGAAAUUCUAUAUGGAUUAUGGAGACUUGCAUCAUGAAUAAUUUAAAUAAAGCCAUUAUAAGACUGUAAUACCAGAAUUGAAAUUUACUUCGUCAACGACAUAUGGAAGCGAAUUUAGAACACCAAAAUAAGCAGACAUAUCUGUAAUAAAAAAUAUUGUCAUUAGAGAGUUAAAAACCACCUAAUGGGAAACCUUUUCCAACAAUAGAUUUAUUUUUAGGAUAGUCAUAAAAUAAAUUAGUACAUGAUUUAAAAAUGCCUGAGAAAUCUUAUUAAGUAAAGAAUUUUUAGGAGGUAAUAAAAUGGAUUUUAUAUAUGUUUAGCCUAUUUAGAAUACUCCAGCAUUUGAAAAAUAAUUCAUGAGUACGACAAAAAAGGAUUUUGUAAUGAAAGAAGUUCCAUGUAUUAGAAAUCAAUAUUCAUAAUAAUUAUAAUAAUAUUGA